AUGGUCUUUGAGUCAAAAUUUCCCAAGGUUGACCCGCCCUCUACGGACGUGUUCAACUUCAUCUUCAACACUGCUCGAGAGAAGUAUCCCAAAGACAAAGUUCUAUACCGGGUACAUAACACCGGGGAGACUCUGACUUUGGAAGAACUCGAGAACAAGAGCUUGCGACUGGCUAGCGUUCUUGUCAAGAAAUACGGAAUCAAGCCUAAUAAUGUGAUUGCAUUUCUUGCCAACAACUCUAUCAACUAUCCCAUUGCAUUCUUUGCGGCACUGGCAGCUGGGGCUACAAUAUCUCCAAUCCCUGUUCAGCAAGGACUUGAUGCUCUGGCAAUUAUUCCCAGACUUGAACAAGCUGACGCCAAGUUGAUCAUAACUGACUCAACGCUGGCAUCUAUCACAAAGCCGGCAGCCGAAGCAUUCAAUGGUAUUCCUCUGAUUAGCCUCGACAAUUCUUCUGAGGGAAUCAGCAACGUCGAGGAGCUUCUUGCUGAAGAAGAUGAGCUCUUCAAUGGAUUCAGGCUGUCCACCCACGAGGAAACUGAGAAGCACUAUGCUUUCAUUUACCGUACCAGUGGAUCAUCAGGCAACGUCAAGUCAUUCCUCACAACUCAUGCUCACUGGGCUGCCAAUCUCCUGACAACCCGUCUGACUGUACCCUCCGACACGGAUCCGGAGAAAGACGUUUGGCUCUCGUCUCUGCCUUUCGCCUAUGGAAUCAAUGCAAAGCUGAAUCUUGGUUUGAACAUUCUCCUCGGGAUUCCUGUCAUUAUUCUCACUCAGCCUUUCGAUCAAUCUACCUUCCAUCUGAUUGACAAGUAUGCUAUCACCUUCCUUUUCGUCACCCCACCUCUCGCAGCCCAGAUAGCAAAGUCAGAGAAGGUUGGAGUCACUUACAAGAGCAUCAAAUGGCUUCUAUCUGCUGGAGCUCCUGUUCAUACAAAGAUCCGGGAUGCUGUUCAAGACAAGUUCAACGGUGUUCGCCUCACUCUUGAAUGGGGAACGACGGAAACCCUCCUUAUCACACUUCAGGUCGAUGAGGCUUCAUCUGUGCCGGGAUCUAGUGGUACUCUUGUCCAUGGUUUCGAAGCCAGGGUGCUUGACAUCGAGACUGGGAAGGAUCUUGGUCACAACGAGCAGGGAGAGAUUCUUGUACGGAACACUCUUGCUCGCUUCGCCGGCUACAAGGACAAUGACGAGGCUAACAAAGACUUUGACGCUGAUGGCUGGUUCCAUUCUGGCGAUGUUGGAUACGUGGAUGAGAACUCCAAUGUCUUCAUCGUUGACCGGUUGAAAGAGCUACUUCGUGUUGGUGAUGGCUACGGUACCCAUGCUUCGGCGGCCGAGUUUGAGGCUGUUCUCUUCGACCACCCUGCCGUAGCAACAGCCGUAGUGGUGGGGAUCCGUGACCAAGAGACUCAACAGGAGCAUCCUACGGCAUUUGUUGUACUUCAGCCUGACGCAACACCAAGCCACGAUUUAAACACUGAGGAAAGGUCUUUGGCUUUGGAUAACCUGGCUAAGGAGUUGGAGGGUUAUGUUGAGACGAAGCUGGGCAAGUUCAAGAGGCUCUCGGGUGGAGCUUAUUUUGUAGAGAAGUACCCUUACGUUGGUUACAAGAUCAACAAGAGAAGGCUAAAGGAGCUGGUACAUGUUGGCCCGUCGGCGGAUAGCUUUGCACGAUGGAUUAACGCCGCUGCUUAA